AUGGCGGACCGGGCAACGUCGAUACGAGACGACGCCCGACCUGCGACACGGACGACGACAACGACGACGACAACGGCGCCGCUCCAUUUCCUCGGCUUCGUAUCCAGCCUCUCGCUACUCCUCUCGCACCUCAGCUACGACGACACGCUAUCGAUCCUGCUCCUCUUUCUGCUCGUCGUCUUCUUCGGGCUGCUCGCAACGCCGCAUCGAUCCUCGGGCGACGAUCGGGCGCCGGGGCUAGGGCGCACGGGUCGACACGAUGGGGCCAUCGACGAGUGGGGCGGCGGAAGCGGUACGAUACCGUGGCUGUUUAGCGUGCUCCUCGUCGGUCUGCUCGCCUUUCUCGCCCGGUUGGUCCUGGUCGGCAUAGGCGAGUCGGUCGGACUGAUUUUGUCCAACGCCGUCGUCGUUGUCGCGCUAGGCGUAUGCUGUCACCUCGUCUUUGCGCUGUGGACCCAGGCCCACCAACAGCAGCAGGCGGCGGACGUCCGGGACCACGCUGCACCAGAGGUGACUGCGGCGAAGAGCAAGGCAGCGACGAGGAAGGACGAUGUGCCCCGCGCAGGAAAGGGCGGGGAUGGUGGGGACAAGGCUGCACUCGAGACGGCAUCGCCUUCGCAGCGGGUCAAGAAGGUUCCGACAAGAGUACAGGCCCAGCCCGGUGAGAAGCAACACUCGGACCUCGUCGCGCCUCGUCCCACCGCCAGCCCUACUGCUUCCAAGACGCCCAAGCCGCCGCGGGAGGGCAAGCUGAAGGCCAGCGCGAAACCCGCCCACCCCAGCAUGGCGGGACGGGGCGACUUCGUCCCGUCCUGGUCGGCCAUCUUCGCGUCGAGCCCCAAAUCGAGACAGGUCAACAGCUGGCUCAAGAAUCUACCUGGGGCAGGGGGACAGUUUGACGAGGUUCUCGACGUCCGCAUGGCCAGCUCGGACGGUGCGGACAAGAAGAAGGCGAAGAUAGAGAAGAAGAAGAAGGUCGAGGCCAGCGAGAACCAGGGCGGCGUAGCGGGUCGCGAUGGGAGAGAGGCGGGACCGAGUGGCGAGACGUCAAAGGAGAAGGAUCUACAUGCGAAGGGACUGCCGCAGCGGAAGGAAGCCGACGUCGAGGGUCAGGGCAAGGCCGCGCCUGACAAGGCAAGAGCGAAAGGAGGCCAGCCUAGCCCGCUGGCUCACGAGCCAGCCAAGAUGUCGGACCAAGCCGUGGCUACGUCCAGCAAGGCCAAGGGAGACAAGAGCAAGGAAGCGCGGCAGUCCGACGAUCCGGCGAAGGGAGCGGCAGAACCGAGCCAAGACGUGAAGGAUCAAGGUGCUCCGAAAGCAUCCGACGCGAAGGUCCCAACUAUCGACAAGGGCAAGGCGAAGGCGCGCAACGACGUCGAGGCAGGUCCGUCGACAUCUACCGCGAAGCUCGACGUCAAAGCACAGAAGACGGACAAAGUCGAGGCAUCUAGCAAGGCGACGGCCACCGCUUUCGCUGUCGGUGCAGCACAGACGAAGUCGAAGCAGGAGGAGAGGGGGGCGGGGAGCGUAUUGAGGCUCGUCGACGAUGCGGUGCGGCAGCUCGCAUCGCAGUUUCCAGAGAUGGAUGCGGACGAGGUCAGGCGGGAGCUCGGGCGCUUGCUCGGCCAGGCGACGUCGGCCAAGGCGGUGACGGUAGAUGGGCAGGCGGGCAAGAACGACAAGGCGGCAGGUCAGUCGCCGCCUUCGCAGGCGGUCGGGAACAAAGAAAGGAGCAAGGGCAAAGAAAAGGCGCAGGCGGACAGCGAGGAGCAGCCGGAGAAGCCGACGAAUGAUGGCGCGGCCAAGAAGGACCAGCCUGGAAAGGGGAAGGUGGAAGCCGAUGCCGCCGCUGCCCCAGGACCGGGACCGGGGACGAGCGCCAAGAAAGCAAGCGAAGCCGCCGCUCGGGCCAAGGGAAAGGACAAGACCAAGGCCAAGGCACAGGACGACGACGUGACAGACAAGCUGCUGCAGGGGUACAUCGAGUGGCGGUGCAAGAACGGGCUGGGGAUCGGCGAAGUCGUCGGUGCCAACGGCGUCAAGCUUGAUCCGGUCGUACUGGCGCAGAUGGUUCAGGGCGAGGGUGAGGGCGAGAAGGGCGGGGCCAAGUCGAUCUCUGCGAAUCCAGGCAAGGGCACCGGCAUCAAGGACGAGCGGGACGCACCGCCCGGGCAGGACACUGCUGGCGCCUCGAGCACGGCAAAGGAAGCGACUGCAACGCCCCAACACAAAGGCGGACAGUACACGCCGUCGCCGUCGCCGUCGCAGGCGAAGGGCAAGGGCAGGAGCAGGACCAAGGCAGGUGCGACCGACGACGAUAGGCUCAUUGAAAUGGCGCUGCGACUCAACCAGGCCUGA